UGCUGUGGGAGAUGUAAACAGGUUUUAGGCGCGAAGAUUCUAAAGAUCUUAAGUAUAGUAUUAUUUCAUAUAAGGGGAUUUUUCCAGAUGAUAUUAACGUAACCAAUUGUGUUCAAAAUUGAUGGCCAGUAGUAAAAGUGUGUUGUUGAUAUAAACAUAACUUAUUGUACAUUAAAUACUAUAUAGCUUACUAGUGCAUAAAGUGCCUAUUGUUAAUAAUAUAUAGUGAGUGAGAAUAUCAUUGUAUGACAUACAGUGUAACAUAGUUUUUCAAAGAUGACUUCUACAUUGGAUCUUAUUGGUCAGUCUACUGAGGAACUACCUACCGAGAAAAAAGAAUCUUCAGAUUCAACAAUAGCGCAGAAGUUAAAAUUCCUAAGAGACGUGAUAACUGUUGAACCCCUUGUUACAUCUUACUUGGUAGCAGCUGUGAUAUGCUUGCCAGCUUUUUUGACCCUGGAACUAGAAAAAGCAUGUAGAGCCAAUAUGGGGUUAAAUGAAACGGUGUGUCAAGCUAUACGAGAUAGUGAUCACGAUAAUUACACAGCAGUAAAUAAAAAUAUAACAAUAUUGCUAAAUGGUGUUCAUUCAUGGCAAGCACCUUGCCAAAAUUUCGCACCGCUUAUUCUGGUGCUCUUCAUAGGGUCAUAUAGCGAUAGGCGACAAAUAAGAAAACCAUUCAUGAUCUUGCCUCUAGUUGGAGAAUUGUUUGCCGUUGUCGGAUGUAUUUUAUCAGUCAUAUUCAUGAAGGAAUGGCCUGUCGAAGUGCAGGGUUUCCUUCAAGCCGUCGUGCCAUCUUUUUUUGGUGGUCCAACGAUGUUGAUCAUGGCAAUUUUCUCCUACGUUGCAGAUUCGAGCACUGUCGAAAUGAGAACGAUUAGGGUAGCUAUAGUACAAACUAUUCUCAAUGUUGCGAUACCAAUUGGUCAGUUUUUGAGUGGAAUACUUUUCAUUCAUUUAGGCUACAUUGGUGUACUACUUAUUGCCGCUGCCCUUUAUCUGUUCGGCAUAUGUUAUGGAAUAUUUUUCAUCAAAGAAGUGAGACAACCUAAAGUACAAAAAGACAAGAGUUUAUUGAAGGAUAUAUUCGAUCCUACAAAUGCUAUCGAUACAUUCAAAGUUCUCUGGAAAGAGGACGAUAAAAAAGAUUUACCGUUGCUUCGGGUAAUUUUGCUGAUGUUCUUAAUUGUCACAGGAAUAACUAAUGUUAAUCUUACAACUUUAUUUCUUUAUCUACAAAAUGUGUUUCACUGGACUGGACCCGAUUUUACUUAUUACAUCACCACGAACACAGUUGUACAUUUAAUUGGUAUUGUCCUAUUUGUGCCGCUAUUCACAAAAGUUUUCCACCUGAGCGAUAUAACAAUUUUAAGUUUCACAUUCCUGGAUAAGAUAGCCACAACCAUAAUAAUGGGAUUAGCGAGAUCAAACAUCGCGCUGUAUAUUGGUUGUUUCGUGAGUAUUAUUACCAACAUAACGAUAGUAGCAUUGAGAUCAAUGGCCACCAAAGCGGUAUCAGAGGAAGAUUUGGGGAAAGCCCAAUCACUAUUUGGAAUAUUCGAAGCAAUUGGAAUAGCAACAUUGACACCCCUUAUCAAUAUGGUUUUCACGGCUACCCUGGAUGAUUUUCCAGCUGCUUUCAUUUUUAUUGAGACUAUAGUUUAUAUUGGAUGCUUACUCUUACUGGCACUCUCCUUCUACUUACGGAAAUAUGUGAAAACGAUAUUGAAAAAUCCGGCUGAUACAACUGAAAAUAAGACUAAAGUGGAAGAUGUACAAACUACUCGUAUAUAAUACUUCAUAUCAAAUUACUUUUGAUGAAAUAUUCAAAAAUAUAAUUAACAUGUUUUAUGUACAUGUGUAAACUAACAAACUAAUGAAACUAGAGACUGCUUUAAAAAAUUAUUCGUAAUAAAACAUAAUAAUUGUGA